AACCAUUAAUUGGUUUCUGUUUAUUUCUUUUUCCAAUCUUCUUCUUCUUUAUAUGAUAUCUCUUUUCCCUUUCCCCAUUUGCACAUUCCUGAAACUCUGAAGUGAGUGAGUUCUCCACAACGGAUGAUUGCUUUAAUACAAAUCCCAAAGCGCUUAGAGUGUACAGAGUGACCCUAAAAGAGAUCCUAGUUUGUAAUGGCCCAGUCUGGUAGAAAAACUGAAAAUAUUGGCAUAAAUUGGGAACGAGCAUUUGAUCUUUAUUUAAAUGCAAUUGCAUGUGACAAUGAGCUUUUAUGGGUCCAAGCUACAACUAAGCUUGCCAAAUUGUCGAAACACGCGCCUGAGAAUCUAUUAGCACGCGCGAUCCCUGUCCUUGUAGAUCUUCUUGGAAGGAUCCCUUCCACUGAUCUGAGUCCUUCAAUUCAGGAAGCCGCUGCUCACUGCUUGAAAUGUGUUGCUUGUCAAGGGGAAGGAAGAUUGGCUGAACUUAUCGGUGAAUCAGGUGCCAUCCCUUCUCUUUUGAGUUUAUUAUUGCAUACUGAUGGGAGUUUGCGAAGGGUUUUAUUGAAAUGCCUUAGAAAUAGUGUCGCGUUUGCUGCUCAUAACCGUGAGAUUGUAGUUAGACAUGGUGGGCUGGAAAUGAUUCUCAAUUUGUUGAAUACUUACUCAGAUGAUCUAAAGCGCUACUUGCUAGAAAUUCUCAGUGCAUUGGCUCUUUUGAGAGAAGUUAGGAGGACCAUUUUGAUUUCCGGGAGUGUUAAUUUUCUUGUUGAAUCUGCUAGAUGUGGCAGCAUGGUAUCUAGAUGUAGAGCUGCUCAGGCAAUUGGGUUGCUUGGAUUGGUUAAGAGAGCAAGGCGCACACUUGUUGACUCGGGCACAUUUUCUGUGCUUUUGGAACUGCUUCAGGUUGGGGAUACUUCAACUAAAGUCGUAGCUGCUAAUGCACUUGGUGUGAUCUCAUCUCAUGUUGAUUACAUUAGACCACUUGCUAAUGCUGGAGCGAUUCCUUUUUACGCCGACCUUCUGCAAGGAACUGACCACAUGGGUAAGGAGAUUGCAGAGGAUGUCUUUUGCAUUCUAGCAGUGGUAGAAGAGAAUGCUGUAGCAAUUGUUGAACACUUGGUUAGAAUCCUAAGAGGAGCUAGUGCCGAAGCUAAAGCUGCAGCUGCUGAUGUAUUGUGGGAUCUCGCAGGUUACAAGCAUUUGCCAUCAGUUGUGCGAAAUUCAGGUGCAAUUCCUAUUCUUGUUCAGCUGUUGGAAGACCAAAACAUUGAUGUCAGGGAGAAGGUUUCUGGAGCUAUCGCCCAGUUGAGUUACAAUGAAGCAGAUAGAGCUGCUCUUGCAAAUUCUGGAGCUAUUCCGCAAUUAGUAGAUAUGUUGCAGGAUGAGUCUGAGGAAAUGAGAGAUAAUGCUGCAGAAGCUCUUGUCAAUUUCUCAGAGGACCCAUCACUAGGUGACAGAAUAUCAGAUGUUUUAAAUAGUCCUUCGUUCCAGAAUAUGCAAGAAAGACUGACGCAAAUUCGUGCUUCAGAUGCUUAUUUGGCUGCAUCUCUUAGACAUAUGAGCACUGAGCAAUCAACUAUGGACCCUGCUUCUCUUAUCUGACUUCUGAUUCUGUCUUGUAUGUUAGAACUUAGAAUUAUCUUUUUAAAAGCAUUAUAUGAUUCUUCCCUUCUCUGGAACUUGUUCGAAUGACUCAAGUAAUGGUGAAUAGUAUUGAUAAGAAGUUAAAAUAUCACAGUUAAUGAUAAAUUAUCAUGAAAUUUAAAGAAGG